GUUCUUUCAAUGGGUCAGUCCACCAUUCAUUACCAUACACCAAUUCUCACGAGCCUCUUCUUAAGUAUUCUACAUAGCUGGGAUCUUAGAUUCCUAUCCGCGAUGAACUUAAAAAAUGCCAACGUCAGAGUUCAGCCUCUCUUUAGAUCUUGCCACGAUCCUACCAUUGCAGGAAAGAGUACUAGGCCUCGUGGUAUUGUCUCUAUCUCUCAAGGGAAUAUGGCUACAGCACCGGUAUUCUUCGCUCUCGCCAUGAAUUCCGAGAUUCAGCUUUAUUCUCGAACAGGGUUAGAGCCUUUGGGUAAUCUGUAUCGGCACCCUAACAUGACAGCGAAUUCGUUUGAUAUCGGUCUAUCCUCAUCUCCAUGUGGUCGUUGGGUGGCAGCUAGCUCUUCACAAUCAGAAGCUCGAGUGUAUCUCUUUGAUGUCGAGAAUACUACUAGAGCAUGGGAAACAAGGCACAUCAGAGUACAACUAUGGGCACCCUUCCAACGCUACAGGAAGCUUGAUUGGAGUGGGACGUCGCUAGCUAUCUGUAGUACAGCAGGACUUGUGUUGGUAUGGUAUCCUGACAUUGAAGUAUAUCGCAACUGUCAGGAAGCUCCAGUACACGCUUCCACCAGAUGGUCUUGG